AUGCAUCAACUUUUAGAAAAGCUUUUGCAGAGUGGUGAUAUUGCCAGUUUGAACUGGAUUCUUUACAGCAUCAGGACUGGCAGAAGUGUCCACAUUGCAGCGUUGACCAACACUCUUGUCAUGUUGAUGGCAACCAUAAGGUUUACCGAUUCAAGAAGGUAUCAAGAUGAACAACAUUAGUUUCUAAUUAUGUAGUUGGCAUUAUUAAUUAUGUUCUUUUAAAUUGCGCAUGGUAUUCAUAGUAAUUAAUAUAAAGCUAUGCGUCCAAUAGACGUGAAAUGGUAAUUACAGUAUAAAGUAUGCAUGAGCAGCUGAUCUUUGUCUGAUUUACAAGGCAAGCUGAAGGCGAUCAGUUCUAAGUCAGAUAAAGACUGGAUGCAAAUGCUUUAUAGUGUUUAAAAUACGAAAUUAAUACACUUAAUUUUUGCAAACAGUGAAUAAACAUUUAUAUUGAAUUUUCUUCAUCUAUUAAACUAACCAGUGUUUUUAAUAAACGGUUACUGUACAUACUGUAAACAUCAUUCCACACAAUGCGCGUCAGCCAUGGGUCUAUUGUGGGCACCAGCCAGCGUGGUGUGUCCCAAUAGAUUGGUUGUAACCCAAGGAUAGUAAAUAUAUAUUGAACUACAGUGUCGUGUAAUACAAUUGCAUCAAAUUAAUGCAAUAUAAUUAUUUAAUACAUUUGCUUUACUUUUAGGGGUAGUAAUCCUUCUUAUUACUGUGACUAUCUGAUUUUUGACAAUGCCAAGGUAGAUUCACACAUCAUAAGUUUGUCUCAAACUGCAAACAAGAAUGAAGUGCAAGUAAGAAAUUUCAUUUGUUAUUAGUAAGGUUAAGGUUAGUUAGUCCAACAACUACUCUUAGGUAAAAUAAAACUAGUAGAUUAAUUGGGAAUACUUUUCUGUUUAGAAGGGAAACAAUGCUUGCGGUGACACACACUGGAAGGCGGCCAAAGCUGUUUCAAAAUCGAAGAAGAACCAAGAUGAAACUGGUUUGGUUGUUGCUGGUUGCAGGCAUUCAAUUUCACAGGCAGCUUUAAACAUGUUUAGAGGAGAGGUUUAUGGUUAUACACAUUAUUUAAAUUUUAUUCAACCAAACAGAGUAAAGUUUUUGUGGCAGGAUGUUGUAUGUAAAUACUGGCCAUGGGCUCAGCGAGUGGCUUCCGAAAAAGAAAAGAUGGCAUUAGUAAACACAAAACCAGCUUUGUCCCUCAUGCAUGGUAAAUCACACAGUUGGUCUUGUCAGGUAAUUUCCUUAGUUGUUUUCAUGUUUGCCCGAUAGCAGAUAUUUUGAAUGACACAUUGUAUGAUAUAUCAGAUAUUUUGAAUGAAACAUUGGUACAGUAGUGAUCAUAGGCCAAAGCCAAAUUUACCAAAUUAUGGUUUUAUUUUUUGUGUGAAAGUCGAAUGGGAUGUGCACAAAGUUAUGAAAAUCGGAUAAGAAAUUUACAAAGUUUGUAUAGCUUUUCUGGGCUAAAAAUAACUGAAUAUUGUUAUGUGUAAUAAUUACUACUGUAUAUAUGUGCAAUUUACGCAUGAAUUGACUUAUGUCUAAAGUCUAAUUUAGUUAAUCGAUAUCGUAUUUUUUACAUAGGUUAUCUGGAGUGGUAGGUGGCAAGAAGGUGCAUCAGCAACAGCUGGUGAGGAAGUUGAGCAAAUUAACAGCUAUCUUUCCAGACUUGGAUCUACAACAAAAAAUAUGACUGCAUCAGGUUAAAUUACAUGUGAUAAAGAAAAAAAUUAAAAUUGUCAUAAAAUAAAAUUUCUGUAAAUUUCUUCUCUAUAAAUUCUCUUUACAGGUCGCGAGGACUGUAUCACUGAGCACCUUUUAAGUUGGAAUAAGCGGAAAAUCGUCAAUCUACCCAAGGCAUUAGUUCUUCGUUUGAAAACGGUAAUUUAACAACUUCAAGGAAAUGUAUUAGGUACAUGUCUAAGAGAGUUCUUCUCAUUGUUUUCAAGGAUAGACGGAUAUUCUGGGGGGGGGGGGUGUAGUUCGGGGGUAUUUUGCACACACGCACCUUGCUGUUGUUUUAUUUUUUGUCAUGCGCAGUAUAUAUAAUAUAUUAUUUUGUUUUAUUCACACUCCCUUGUAGACUGAAAAUAAACUUGUGGAUGCCAAAAAUGACCUUACUAAGUGUACAUCAGACUUUGGAUUAUCAGACGCCGAUUUAAAUGCCUUGGUUAUGUUAUGGAAGCAAGACGUUCAACAGUUUGCGAUGGGUACUAUGAAGCUACUUUAUUCUGUUGCUAAUAAAAGUUAUAAGAUUUACUGUGGUACUAGUUCUAAUACGAAUCGGACAAAUUUAUCGGAAUUUGAAAGUCCGUGUGAGUUUUGA